AAAGAGCCGGCGAUCUUCGGCAGUCCUUGGCCGGAGAUCUGCAGAGAGCGGGAGACUUUCCGCCCGUCGCCCACCUCUUCUCCGCCGGGGACCAGAGACGCGGACACGCAUUUCUUUCGCCCCAGCAGAAUUCCGAGGAUCCGAUAACAAUUUCACUUUUUCCUUUGCUCUUUGCAGAGAUCUAUAGAACGUUGCAGAAGUGUUUCCUUGGAAGAGCAGUGUUUGCGCUCAUCCCAUUUCCACCAAGUAGAAAAUGGCUAGAAAUCCGACUAUUCCUUGGGCCAUCAUAUCAUCUCUCUUCCUCUUCCUGGCUCAUGGCAUCCACUGUUUUUUCUUGCCCAAUGCCACCCAUUUGGAAAGCAUCCUUAAUCAAUACCAGAGUGGGCAACCCCACUCAAGGGCCAAGAGAUCAAUUUCCCAGAGUGACCGAGAAGAGAUUCUGAAGAUUCAUAAUAAAUUGAGAGGUGAAGUCUAUCCAUCAGCAUCCAACAUGGAAUACUUGAGGUGGGAUGAAGAACUGGAGAGAUCUGCCGAGUCUUGGGCUCACCAAUGCAUUUGGGACCAUGGACCUGCCACCCUCCUCCGAUCCAUUGGUCAGAAUUUGGCCGUUCACUGGGGAAGGUAUCGUUCUCCAACUUUCCAUGUCCAGUCUUGGUACGAUGAAGUAAAAGAUUAUACCUACCCAUAUCCUCAUGAAUGCAACCCUUGGUGUCCCGACAGAUGCACAGGAUCCAUGUGCACACAUUACACACAGUUGGUCUGGGCUACAACAAACAAAGUUGGCUGUGCUGUGAAUGUCUGCAAGAGGAUGGACGUGUGGGGCGAGGUGUGGGAAAAUGCCGUGUAUUUGGUCUGCAACUAUUCUCCCAAAGGCAACUGGAUUGGAGAAGCCCCAUAUAAAAAUGGCAGAUCGUGUUCUGAAUGCCCGCCUAGCUAUGGAGGAGGAUGCCAGAAUAACCUCUGUUACAAAGAUGAACACUACGUACAAAAACCUGAGACAGAGGAGACGAAUGAAGUGGAGACGCCUCAAGUGACCGAGGACAAAAACGUCUGGGCAUCUGACCGAAUACAACCCAAAUCCAUAAAACCUGUAAAGGAAAAGAAACCAACAGGGGUGACUUACAUGACUCAAGUGAUCAAGUGUGACACCAAAAUGAGGGAUAAAUGCAGAGGAUCCACAUGUAACAGGUAUCUGUGCCCAGCUGGUUGCUUGAACAGUAAGGCAAAAGUGUUUGGAAUGUCCAACUACGAGAGUUCAUCCAGCAUAUGUCGGGCAGCAAUUCAUUCUGGAGUAUUAGAUAACAGAGGAGGCUUAGUAGAUAUCACUAGGAAAGGAAGGACAGACUUCUUCGUAAAGUCUAUAAGAAACAGCGUUGAAUCAUUCAGCAAAUACAAACCUUCCAACGCCUUUGCUGUGUCAAAGGUCACAGUGCAGACUUUGGAUUGUUACACCACGGUAGAGGAGUUGUGUCCGUUCAAGAAGCCAGCUACUCAUUGCCCAAGGUCUUACUGUCCAGCGUACUGCAAAAAUGAGCCAACCUACUGGGCUCCAGUAUAUGGCACAAACAUUUAUGCAGAUAGUUCCAGCAUCUGCAAAGCUGCUGUGCAUGCAGGGGUAAUUGGGGACAGUUCUGGAGGUUACAUAGAUGUGAUGCCUGUCGAUAAGAAGAAGAUCUACCACGGAUCCUUGAAGAAUGGGAUCCGAUCUGAAAGCUUAAAGACUCCAAGGGAAGGAAAAGCUUUCCGAAUCUUUGCUGUGAGGCAAUAAAUGUUCAAGAAGGAGACUCUUCUGUGGGAAGAGAAUACAGCAUUGUACCUCUCCUUUGGUGAGGGGUGUUUGCCCCAGCAUGUACCAUGAUGAAGCCCUCUAAAUCGACAUUCUUUUGGGGAAAAAAAAGAUGGCAGCAGGAAUCUUAACUUUCUGCAUCUCAUCGGCAUCUGCUCACGGUUUUCUUUGAAGUUUGUUGUUUUACUUCCAAAUGUUUAGAACAUUCAGAAAAAGGAAGACAGUUCCAAUUCAUCAGAGAAGGUGGUUGAAAAACUUGCUUGCCCCACUCAUCCUGUGUACUGCUUUGCCUCAAAAUAUAGGCCGUUGGAGUUCAUGGAAUAAUACUUCCAGAGGGUGAAUGUCUAUCUGAUCAGUAGGCUUUGGAUGAGAAAGCCUUUAUGUCACCCCAAAGACUACGUUCUUGAAAGAUUAGGUCACAGUCAAGAAUGUACCUGAAAUCCAAGUUACCUUGUGAUAUCCUGACUGGGUAGAAUGACAGGAUGAUUUAGGUUCAGGUUGUGUGCCACACUAAAAGAAUAGAUACAGAUUUUUCUAUGGAUAUUGGGAAGGAGACAUUUAAUUUUUGGAACUGAAUCUACCUUGCAAAAGAAUGGAAAUGGAGCUAUUUCUCUCAAAAGAAAGCUUAAAUGAGAUAAAUAGGUUUGCUGGCCAAACAAUUGCAAGAAGUUAGGAAAAUGGGGUUUAUUAACACAAAAUUAAAUAAUUGGACCCCUGUCCUGGCACAUUCUGAUUCAUUGUAUGUUAGCAAUGUUUUAUUUACGAAUAAAUGCAAUUUAUUUUAUUCAGCAGAGCUGUUAUAGCAUAGCUAAGCAAUGAUUUCCAAAAGUUGAUCUUUAUUUUGCUGGAAUCAAAAGGAUUUUGCUUUACUUUUUUAUUUGUAUAGAUUGGAGGCAUGAUAUAUUAGAUUGAUCACAACAUAUAUAGUAUGAUGUCCUGUUAGAACAGUUCUAUUUUCUUAUAUGCAGUAUGAAUAGAUCAUGUACAAGUCUCAACUGUUCUCCUUAAUGAAAUGGUUGUAAAGUUGUCCUAUUUUAAUCCAAUAAUUUGAAGGCUUAGAUUUUUAAAGACUUAUCAUUCCCCUAAAACCUUGAACUCAAUCUUAAUUGGGAACCAAAGAAAUGAUUUCUGCCAACCUGGUGCAAUGUUGGCCAUAGUGUCUUCAAAAACUGAAUGCUGGUCCCAUUUUACAAAAGGACGAAUAUUGUAACUUCAAUGUGCAACUUCUAUUUAUUUAAAGUUCUUGAUUUUAGUGGUCAGUGGCUCUUUUAAAACACACACAACACCUCCCAAAUAAUGCACAUGAUUAAAGGGUUGCUGUAAGUGGGCUAGGUUUUGGGCUGCUAAACCAAAAAGGUAACUUGCCAGCCAUGGUGCUAAGGUGGUGCUAAAUAAGAAUGGAAAGAUCUUUUUGGUUCUGCAUCUGCUCAUGGAUUCAUCCAGAAGGAACUGGAUUAUUUUCCCACUGUUUUUUGAUCUUUGGUGGGGGGGGGGGAAAUCAGCCAUAGUCACAGUAGGAUUCUAAGGCAUUGUACUAAGGUGGGUGGGGUGGGGGAUUGUCCAUUCGCUAUUUAAUAUUAUUUAUCAGGGGUGGGAGAGGACAGUUAGUGUGUUUAUAUUGUUCUACAUCAAGACCUUCUUUUUAUGGACCUGAGAAUUGUGCUCCCAGAUUUCACUGGCAGAAUGUCAGGAAAUUGAAUCACAUUUUUGAAGUAAGCAAAACCAGUUCUUUGAGACAUCAGAGAGGAUAGGCUUCUAAAUGCUUAAAGAGGCAAAAUACAUACAGAUAUAUGGGGAGGGAUAACACACCCUUAUGCAAUGGCUUCACCCUAACUAUUGGAUUCCUCAGAUACCCAGGAGAGAUUACAAAAACAACGUAAUCUCCGGUUACUAAAAAGUAGCUCAACUUGUGGUAUGUUGGUUAUCCAAGAUGCUUGAGGACAUGGUUGGGUUCCAUUUCUGAACUAGACUCCUCUACUUCUGGAGGACAAUUCUGAAAUGGUCACAAAGAGGUCAGAUUGCUCAAAUCGGUCGUCAGUCCAGGUUGGUCUCUAGUGCGAACUCAUACAAGCCAAUAGAGGUGAGUUUUGAUCCUGUGUCCACAUUCAAGGACUUAGAAGAAGACUUCAUCAGAUUGAAUCAGAUGAUCUGAAUCCAUUCAGACCAUUUUUGGGGGGGCGUAUUUCCAAAACGUGUGUGCAUGUGUGUGUUUCAUGAAAUGGUUCAAUAAAUCAGAGAGAGACAAUUUACACAGGCCUAACAAAGCAAUUGUGUUGUCCCUUUGCUUGCUUUCGUCAAUAUCUAUGGGAAAUGAAACAACAGGGUGUGAAUAAAAUAUGGGCAUUUUCAUUUUUAUCAAAAAUAUAUUUAUGGGUGCCACUAGAUAUAAAGCAACUAGACAGAGGAGAAGAAUUUCCCCGCUGCGUUAAAAUCUGUCUUAAAGCAUAUAUAGAUCUGCAUAGAUCAUAUUUGUAGGCAGCAAAAGCCUGCAGGUUUUGUAUAUUUGCUUUUUUUUCUAUGAAAAACGAUGUAUUUUUUACUGUAUCCUCUGUAAAAAAAAAAUAAUUUCUGUAAAGGGCUUGCAUGAGCUUUUUAAUGGUCCGAAUUAUUGUUUUUGAUAAACAUAUUUUCUUCAACCAAUUAUCUAUCCGGUGAAAGAAAACAAUGUCUUACCAUUUUGUGUUAUGACUUUUGUGGAAAUAAAACCUUUAGAAC